GCUUCUUUCUCUUCUCAUCCAGCUUGUCAUCUACCCAAUUCACACACCAUGAUCAGCGCAUCCCGUCCCGGUACAACCUCCGACUCGGGCCUCCCCGCCCCGGAGGUCCGUGAGGAAAUCACCGCCUGCCUCAGCGACCUCGUCUCGGCCCUCGAGGCGCACCCGUCGUGGACACCGCCGUCUCCCCCGCGUGGUCUCUUUCACGUCUGGGACUUUGUCUGCCGUUCCCGUUACAUCAUGACUGAGCUUGACAACAUCUACGCCGGAAGGCCGACUAAGCAUCCGGAACAGAUUCCCAAGCAUGACCGUGCCACCUCGGGCCCCCAAGCCGCCGCCCUCUCCUUCCACGACGUCCUCACUCGCACCAUCACAAUCGACGAGAUGAUCCAUAACCCCCGAAUGCUCGUCAUGCUCGGCUUGUCCAACAUUGACUUUGGCGACAACGUCCGAGAUAAGUCACGUGCCCUCAAGGAAGCUCUCGCCAAGGCCCGUUGAUGGAUAUGACGUCGUGCCGAGCCGAGGGAUCGUCCACCACGCAUCUACCUACUCAGGGUGGUAGGUGGAUAGUGGAUGAAUAGAUGUAGAAUGAGUAAAACAAAAAGGAGAAAAAAAAUAUGAAAAGGAUAUAAAAUACAAAUCAUCAUCAUCAGGG